AUGUCUAACGCUGCCGCUCGAGACCCUCAUCAGGAGCUCAACAAAGCUCUCGCACUUGACUCCCUUUUCUCGGUCAAAGGCCUUGUGGCCGUUGUUACGGGUGGUGGGACUGGCAUUGGGUUAAUGUGUACUGAGGCACUCGCGACUCACGGCGCCAAAGUAUAUAUCACCGGACGUCGAGAAGAGGUGUUGAAACGUGCUGUUGAUAGCUAUCAGCAACAUGCCACCGGUCAAAUUGUUGCAAUUCAGGCGGAUGUCACAUCCAAGGAUGAUUUAAAGAAGUUAGUAAAAGAGAUUGAGGGUAAAGAACCAAAUGGAAUUCAAAUUUUGAUAAACAACGCAGGAAUCUCUGGUCCUCAUUCGGAAACCGCUUCAGAAAAAUCGGGAAAAGAAUUGGCAAAUUCGACUAUGGAAUCCGAAAGUUUUGAAGAUUGGGAUAAUGUUUGGAGAACAAAUGUUGCCUCGAUCUAUUUCUCGACUAUUUGUUUUCUUCCAUUAUUGGAGAAAGGCACCAAGGAAAGCUAUCGAAGUGGUGUGAUCAACAUCAGUUCAAUCAGUGGAAUGGUCAAAAUUUCACAAUCCCAUUUAGCCUACAACGCAAGCAAAGCAGCUGCAAUUCACCUGACCAAAAUGAUGGCAACAGAAGUCGGCAGGCUUGGAAUCAGGUUCAACUCUAUCGCACCUGGAGUUUUCCCCUCUGAGAUGAACGAUAUAUCAGAAAGAUUUGAUCCAGAAAAGUACAAAAUACCUGCGGGACGUCCAGGCAAACUUGAAGAAAUGGCUGCCUCUGUGCUAUAUCGCGGGCAAUAUUGUGAUGGUUUGGUUAUGAAUGUCGAUGGGGGUAUCUUGCUGUAA